CCCGGAGCUGGAGGAGCCGAUUGGCCGCCCGCAGUGCGUGGCGGCGGACGUUGAUGCCUUUGAAUGUGGGGAGCGGCGCGCAGUUCUGUCAGCAGCCAUGGCGUCCCGUAGGGCUCCGCUGCGGCGCUUCAGCGACGAGCCGGCGUGCAGCUUGCUCCGAGGCUCCUGUGACACCAAGUCUUCAGCUGCCCCGAGGAGCUCUUCAUCCUCUGAAGCAGAUCAGCGCGUUAGGAAACGGAACAGUGAAACAAGUUUGAAUGAUGAGAAGAAUACAACUGCCUCUGGAGCUGGGAGGAGACUUGCAUCUCUUGGAUCACUACCAGUUAGUGGGAGUCUGAAGCCUAGAAAAGAUCUUAUCCUUAUGAGGGAGAAAAAGAAACAGAAGACACUGGAGAAAGAGAUUCGUGCAUUAGUGAGAGAACGUGGAGAGCAGGAUAAAAAACUUCAGGCCCUGGAUGAAGACUUUGUUAAGAUGGAAGCUAAGCUGAGUGCUGCAGUUCAGGAGAAAACAUCUCUUCUGGCAAAUGUUGCUUGCCUGAAAAAACAGCUUCUGGAAUUAACAAGAACCAAUGAACUACUAAAAUCUAAGCUAUCUGAAGAUAGUGUGCAGAAGAAAAUGAGCAGUCUAUGUAUGGAGUUAAUGAAGCUCAGAAACAAGAGGGAUGCUAAGGAGAAGACUGCACUUGCAAAGCAGGAGAACAUGGAAAUGAAGCUGCAGGAAGUUCAAAGGAAUUUGGAACAUUCAAAAGGAAAAGUAGCACAGUUACAAGAAAAGCUAUCUGCUACAGAGAGAGAGAAAGUGGAUGAUAAGUCUGACACUGAAAAACUCCUGGAAUAUAUCACAGAGCUUGGGAGUGUUGCAGAAACUGUAGAGAAAUAUAAACUAAAUGUUGCUCAAAUGGAGGAGACACUGAUCAAGAAAGAGCAAGACGUGAAGAUUCUGAGGGAUACACUCAGAAUGAAAGAGGAAGAAUCAGAUACGCUGCUCAGAGCACUUAAUGAACGGUGUGAGUUUCUAGAACAAGAAAAAGAGAGAGAAUCGUCUGAGAGCAGAGGAAAAGUCCUGAGUAUGAAUGCUGAAAUAGAAGAACUGAAGAACAAAGUUCUCAUAGAAGAGCAAGAACACCAAAAACUACUUGAGAAACAAGAGGAAUUAAUGUCUCAACUUCAGCAAGAAAAGGAAUCGUCUGCAUCUAUGCACCAGAAGUUACUCAAUCUUCAGGAUGAGGUAACGAGUGAAAGAUAUCUCUUGGAAGAGGAGUUGAAGAGUGCAAUGAAUGAGCUGGACAAACUACAUGCUAAGGAGAAGAAAGCUGAGAAGCUGGUGAAGCUGUUGGAAAAAGAAACCAAAUCUAAAGCCCUUGAACUUGCACAGAUGGAAGUGAAGUUAAAAGGGAAGAAUGCUGAGUUGGAGCAAAUCAAGGAAACGCACAGCAAUGCAGUUCUGCAAAUCCAAGAAGAGCUUAACAGCACGCUGCGUAAACUGGGGGAGAAUGUUGCUGAGUUUGAAAGCUACAAGACAACAAUAGCUGAAGAAAUACGCAGUCUUAAACUGGAGAACACUUCUCUGCAGGAGCAAGUUGCUGACCUGAAAAAAAUAUGUGAAGAUAAUCUACAGCUGCUCCAGGAAGCAGAUUACACUAAAAACAAGGCAAAAGAAGAAUGUGCAAGGAUGAUUUUAGAAGCCCAGACAAAGCUUGCGCUAAAAGAAGCAGAAGCAGAGAGAACAAAAGAGUCUUGCCUCAUACAAGUGACAAAACUACAGGAAAAACUGGAAGAGUUAACUGAAGAUCUGAGAAAAAAAUCUGAAGUGGAAAAAUCAAGGAAAACCAUACAUGAAGACAUGACCUCUAGCUUAAAAGAAGAGAUAAAGACCUGGCGUAAUCUAUAUGAAGAACUGCAUAACAAAACUAAGCCCUUCCAGCAACAACUAGAUGCAUUUGAAGCAGAGAAAAAUGCUCUUCUAAAUGAGCAAGGUGCAGCUCAAGAAGAACUGAAUAAACUAAGUGAAGCGUAUGCUAAACUACUUGGCCACCAAAACCAGAAACAAAAAAUCAAGCAUGUUAUGAAGUUGAAGGAAGAUAAUACCCAUCUGCAGCAGGACAUCUCGAAACUGCGUGCACUUCUUGCAAAAGAGAAACAAACAAACAGAGAUCUGCAGGAGCAGCUAUAUACAAUUCAGGGCAUUAGGCGUUUUGAUCCUUCUAAAGCUUUCCAGCAUGAUAGCAAGGAAAAUAUUCCUCCAAAAACUCCUUUUAAAGAAGGCAAUAGAAACAAAGUUUAGUCUCUUCUCAUUGUUGAGAAAAGUAUUACCAAUGUACACAAGUACUGCAGAAGAUUUCAACAGACUGUUCAAGAUGAACUUGGCUGCCAUCUGUAAUAGACACUGCUAUGAAUGCUUGGGAUGUGAUU